CGUUGCUACUAGAUUGCUAAACCCUGCGGAAGAAGAACGGAUCGCGGAAAGAGUCCAGAAACUGCAGUUUCCCCUCACCGCCCGAAUUCGUUAUCAUCUGCUACCGCUGCUUCGGCGAUAACCUCUCCCGACGAACUAAGCCGGUUAAGCUGGUUAGGAUGAGAUAGGUGAGCGCGGUAGAUCCGCAUAGCGAAGUGGAUAUCGCCUUAGACUCCGAAUCUAAUGGUCGUGGGUUCAAAUCCCACUGUGAUCGUACUGUUGCUUUUGUCCUUUUUGAUGGCCAGCUUGAAUCCCUUCUUGUUCUGGAUUCUUGUUCCUUGAUCUGAUUGUCAAUUGGCAAACUGAUGUUCGACGACCAAGAUCUUGGAUUUUUCGCCAAUUUUCUUGGCAUCUUCAUCUUUCUCCUGGUGAUUGUGUACCACUAUGUGGUGGCUGACCCGAAAUAUGAGGGUACCAACUGAGAUUAGGUUGUUCUUGUAGCUGUACAAUCUCAGAGAAGCUUUUAGAGAUCAAGCUCAUGCUGCCGAAAGUCUAGCUUCCUCGAAUAUGUCAAGAGGAUAUUGUCCCUAGGAAUUGACUGCAAUACCAGUCGUAUACUUAACCAUAUGACAAUUUUGUUGAGAUCAGUCUAUUGAAGGUGCUGAAUGUAUUGUUGAUGUAUUACUAUUAUUAUUCUCCUGAGAUGUUAAUAAUAGUACAACAGAUGCAACAUAAAAGGAAGUCGUUAUAACAAAA